AUGUUUGCCCUCGCGCAGUUGGGUGUGCUGUCGGCCCUGGCCACGGCUGUGACCUCCCUGCUGUCGGCCCUGCUCCUGCUGGCGCUCACCAAGCAGCUGUGGAGCCUCCGGUGGACCAUCACCCGGGAUGAGGACAGCAGCCUCCCGCUGCCGGAAGGCUCCAUGGGCUGGCCGCUGGUCGGGGAGACCUUCCACUGGCUCUUCCAGGGCUCCAACUUCCACAUCUCGCGCAGAGAGCGACACGGGAACGUGUUCAAGACGCACCUCCUGGGGAAGCCCGUUAUCCGCGUGACCGGCGCCGAAAACAUCCGCAAGAUCCUGCUCGGGGAGCACAGCCUGGUGUGCACGCAGUGGCCCCAGAGCACCCGGAUCAUCCUGGGGCCCAACACCUUGGUCAACUCCAUCGGAGACCUGCACAAGAGGAAGAGAAAAAUCCUGGCCAAGGUGUUCAGCCGCGGGGCGCUGCAGACCUACCUGCCCCGCCUGCAGCGCGUCGUCCGCUCCGAGGUCGCCAAGUGGUGCUCGGAGCCCGGAGCGGUGGACGUUUACGCCGCCGCCAAGUCCCUCACCUUCCGCAUCGCCGUCAGGGUGCUGCUGGGCCUGAACAUGGACGAGGAGCGUCUGGUCUACCUGGCCCGCAUCUUCGAGCAGCUGAUGGACAACCUCUUCUCUCUGCCCUUCGACGCCCCGCUGAGCGGACUGCGGAAGGGGAUAAAGGCCAGGGAGAUCCUGCACGCCAACAUGGAGCAGAUCAUAGAGGAGAAGAUGAGGAGGCAGCAGGCGGAGGAGUACUGCGACGCCUUCGACUACAUUGUGCACAGCGCCAAGGAGCACGGCCACCAGCUCAGCACGCAGGAGCUCAAGGAGACGGCGGUGGAGUUGAUAUUCGCCGCCCACUCCACCACAGCCAGCGCCUCCACCUCCCUGGUGCUGCAGCUGCUUCGCCACCCGGCGGUGGUGGAGAAGGCCCGGGCCGAGCUGGAGACGGAGGGCCUCGGCUGCGACUCCAACGGCAACCACGGCCUGUCCCGAGCGGGGCGCGCGACAGGAGACGGCGACGGCAGCACCCCGCACUGCGCCUCCUCUUCGUCAGACGAAGCCGACGGGGGAGACUUUCCCCUGUCCCGAUCCCACAUACCGGAUCUCACCAUGGAGAAACUGGGCCAGCUGCGGUACGUCGACUGUGUCGUGAAGGAGGUGCUCCGCUUCCUGCCGCCGGUGUCCGGCGGUUACCGAACCGCCCUGCAGACGUUCGAACUGGACGGCUACCAGAUCCCCCGAGGAUGGAGCGUCAUGUACAGCAUCCGGGACACGCACGAGACGGCCGCGGUGUUCCAGAGCCCCGAGCGCUUCGACCCGGAGCGCUUCGGCGCCGGGCGCGAGGAGAGCCGGGCCGGCCGCUUCAACUACGUGCCGUUCGGCGGCGGCGUGCGCAGCUGCGUGGGGAAGGAGCUCGCCCAGAUGAUCCUGAAGACGCUGGCGGUGGAGCUGAUCGGAACCACCACGUGGACUCUGUGCACGGAGACCUUCCCCAAGAUGCAGACGGUGCCCAUAGUGCACCCCGUCAACGGACUGCACGUGCGCUUCAGAUACAUCUACAACCGAGCGUAG